AUGCCAGCAACAAUAACACCACCGCCAGAGCUCGAGGUGCUCACAUUUCUCUCAGAUUCCAAUGCCCAGGUGCGACAAGUAGCGCUCAGCAACAUCGUCGGCUUCAGUUCAAAGGACAGUCCCCAACGCUCCCUCCUCAUAUCCAAGCACAAGAACCGAGAUGGGUCCCCACUGCUUGGCCGCGAUGGCAAGGAAGUCGACACCGUCGAAGACCUCAAGAGGCUGUGCCAAGAUCAGCCUAUCACUGCUCAUGACGCCUUCAGCGCACUCAUCAACAUCUCCGACAGUCUCGUCCUAGCACGCAAGAUCGGCGACAAGACCUUCCUCGAGUUCCUCGUCCGGUACAUUGCCGACCCCGUCUCGCUGCUUGCCGACCUCGCAUGCAUGCUAUUGUCUAAUCUCACAAAGCUUGAAUCAAUCUGCGCCAUCCUGCUCGACCUCCAAGUGCAGGCUCGUCCCUUCUACAGCUUCAUGGCCUCAGAGGAGAUGGAGGGAGCCCUGAAUGGCAUGGACGUCGAGCCGAACGAUCCAGAGUACGCGGCCAAGAAGGCAAAGGCGGACGAGUAUGCCAAGAAAGUAGCGGAACAGGCUAAGAAGAUGGACGAGAAGGUGCCAGCCAUGGCUAGGUUGCUGGAUGCUUUCGAGGAGGGUGCGACAGUUGCAUCACAGGGAAGCGACCUCGAAGCGAUGAAGCAGCGCGCUAAGGACGCUGCCACCAAAGCAGAAGCGGACAAGGACAAGGACAAGGAACCAGAAAAGGUGGAGCGAGGACUUGACGGUCGACCACGCAUCAAGCGCAAGACCAACUGCAACUUCCUCGCCAGCGUCUUUGCCAACGCCACGGUUCUGCCAAGAGGCAGGGACUGGUUCGUCACGCCUCUGUCUGCAUCUUCUUCAGCAACUUCAGCGACAGCACAAGCAGCCCUCGCCCGCGGUGUCGAUGCACAAGGCUCGAUCCCGGCAGCGACAGAAUACCCGGUCGCCCGUGUCAUGGCCUUUACCGAGCAUCCCAACCUCAUUCGCAGGGGAGGCGUCAUCAGCACACUCAAGAACGUUCUUUUCGUCAAGUCGGCACAUAAGCUUCUCGUCGCGCCACCACCGCCUCGUGACGGCGAAGACGAGAUGCUCGCAGGCGCUCUUCGUGCCACCACCCGCCCGCCAUCCUCCGUCGACAUCCUGCCAUACCUCUUGCUGCCGCUGUGCGAUGGCAAGGAGCUCGCCGAUGUGGAUCUCGAGGACCAGGAGGACCUGCCAGAAGAAUGUCAGAUGCUGCCAGAGGACAAGAAGCGCGAACGGGAUCCAGCACUUCGACUCAUGCUCGUCGAAUCUCUUCUCCUGCUUUGUACCAACCUCUACGGACGUCAGUGCUUGCGUGCACGAGGCGCCUACGUCGUUGUCAGGUCAGCGCACCUGGUCGAGUCGGACGAGAAGAUCGCAGAGUCGGUGCUCAGGCUGGUCAAUAUUCUCAAGCGAGACGAGUCGGCGGCCACAGCCAAGGACCUCGAGGCCGAAGGAGGUGCGAACGAGGAGGACGUCGGCGCCGAAGUACCGGAGGAAGGGGACAGCGACGACGAAGAUAUGCAGAUUGAGGAGCUAUGA